AUGGCUCCCAAAGUUUACAUCAUCAUCUAUACCCUCUACCACCACAUCUACACAUUGGCUCUUGAAGCCAAGAAGGGUCUUGAAGCUGCCGGCGUUGAAGUCGAACUUUUCCAAGUUCCCGAAACUUUGAGCGAUGAAAUUCUUACCAAGAUGCACGCUCCUCCCAAGCCCGAGAUCCCCGUGAUUACCACCGCUCAAUUGACUGAAGCUGAUGGUUAUCUUUUCGGUUUUGGUACUCGUUUCGGUACCAUGCCCGCUCAAAUGAAGGCUUUCUUGGAUGCUACUGGCAGUCUCUGGGCCUCGGGUGCUUUGGCUGGCAAGUUCGCCGGUACUUUCUUCUCUACUGCUUCUCAGCACGGUGGUCAAGAAACCACCGCUCUUACCACCGUCACCUACUUUGCUCAUCACGGUAUGAUCUACGUCCCUCUCGGUUUCGCCAACCCUCACUUGUUCGAUAACUCGGAAGUGAUUGGUGGCUCCGCCUACGGUGCCGGUACCGUUGCCAACGGUGAUGGUUCCCGCCAAGUCAGCGACAAGGAAAAGGAAAUCGCCCACACUCAGGGUGAGAACUUUGGCAAGAUCGUCUCGACGUAUGUUGCUGGCAAGCAAUAG